AAAAAACAACCGGAAAUACAGGGCAUGUGUUAUCUUCCCCGUUCUGUAUCCAUCCCCUGUGAAGUGAGCUCGAGCAAGAACUCAAGCGGCGGAAGCUGGGCGGAGACCUCUGACCGUGCCGCCGUGCUCCUGACCCCCGACUUCCGGUCUCCAGCCGCAACCCCUCGAUGGAUCUCGGCCGCUCCGCCGCCUCAGGCUCAGGGAUGUGCUGCCUCGACCUUGUUGAGCGCGACGGCGCCUCUGCUCCUCACACGCCGGCCUGUUGCUCCCUUGCGAAUUAGGCUGGCGGUAGGCCGGUUGUUCUCGGCGGAAGGCAUCCCGUGAAGCUAGAGCAGGCGCCUAGCGGGGUAACCGCUGGUCUCACUCCCCGCGGCGCCGGCGAGGUGGAGGAGAUGCCGCGGCGGCUAGGCGCAGCGUCGGGAGGUGGCCAGGCACGCCGCAGCGAGGCGGCCAGGCCCCUGACUAAGGAGGACCUCGUCGCUGACAGAGUUGUUUUGAUCACAACACACCCAGGAUUUAAUCGAUGGAAAGAAGAUGCAGUGGGCUGCCACGGGCAAUCUAGUGAGCGCCAGACUGCAAUCGUUGGUGCCGUCCGGAAGAAAGCUGCCAGGCAACAUCUCCGGGACUUAGCACGCCCGGACACAGGAUGGGAAGCACUUGCACAAUCCGUUAAAAACGAAUUUGGAGAAUUUGCGUGUGAUUCAUCAAGAAGAAUGGAGCGAGAUUACUUACUAUUGGUGAGACAGCAGAAUUGAUAUUUGAUUCACCCUGGUUAGUCCUUGAAGAAGCCAUCAGGGAUGGGAGGCACUAUUCAAUUGGAGAGGAGAGAUUGGAUGUGCUUUGGCGUGAUUGACCCGUCCUGGUUGUUCUGUUUCAGCUCUGUAGAUUGCUUCAUCCAGAUUGUCCUUCUCUAAUUUCAUUAGCGGCAGAUUAGUUUUGGCGCGUAGCUGCCUAUUUUGUAGAUUCUUCCCGCGCGAGUAUUAAUGAUAAGAGAGUAUUACGGAGGGAAUCAGUACAGAGGAGGAGAAAGAUACGGACUGAGCUGCAUCGUUCUGUUUUUUUUUCCAUCAAAUAUACGGAGCUGGGGCCGCACGACGCACAGCCGCGCGAUGCCGUUCACGCGCGUCGUCGCAUGGAUGGUCGCACGCUCGGGGCACAGGGAAGCCCCGUCCAUCCUAGACGGGAUCACAGGAUGCUUUACCGGAUUUAUAGUAGUCUCAUAAAUCAUGCUUUUUGCUAACGCUCCCAUACUUCCUGAAUUUACUACUUCCUGAAUGGGACCGUAGCCAAUCAAGAAAUAAUUACAUCGACACUUUCCUUUUAUUUCUACCCUUGAUUUCGCUAGACCCGCUGCAUGCAGUUCUUCCCUUAUUUUUGCUCAUCAUCAUAAACGGGAUCUAAUAGUGCUAUAAAUGAUACUUUGUUUUCUGCUUACUCUCCCAUAUUUCGUGAAUUUCGUACCUCCGUUUUUAUCUCAGAUUCGGAUGUAUCCAUGCAUAAAAUAUGUGUAGAUACAUCCAAAUCAACAAUAAAUAAUAUGCUUGGCAUGACUCAAGUAAUAAAGCUAAGAAAAUCGAUUGUUGCUACUCUUUGCAAAAAAAAAAGUUCGAUUGUUGCUACUACUGAUAGUAGAUCGAUCAGCGUCGUCCUUGCCUAGCUGCUUACCACAUACUACUAAGUUUAUAGAUCUAAGACGGUUUGGUGGGAAGAGAGAGGUUCAAUUUUUUCAGUAAUUUAAGCGGGUGUUUUAUUCCUUGGUUGCUCCUCUUCUGUUGCUGCUCCACAGGUGAUACAGAUGGACGAGAUGGAUAGUAGUCCCUGGGAUCGGUGACCUGGCUGCGUGAAAACAAACGCUCCCAUGAUCCAAGAAGAUCAAUCCUACGAGUUAAUUAUGGAAUGGGAUCGUAGCCAAUCAAAAGAUCAAAGAUGUGGGAUGCCACGGAUUGGUGACAGAAGAAGGGAUGUGGCGUAGGAACGACCUGGUUAAUUACUUGGUGACAUCAACUAUGCGCGCGUACGUCUCAUUUUCUGCUUUUGAUUCGUUACACUCACGGGUUUGACUUGAAGGUUAAUAGUUCCUAUGUUAUUUACUCCCCGCGCAUGACUGAUUUUUCUUUUUUUUUCCCUUUCAACAACCAAUCUUUUUUGCCACCAUAGCAUUUCAUACAAUUCUUCAGUUAAUAGUUUCCUAGAAAUCCCAAAAUUACUGCAAAUGGGGUGCUCCUAUACAAUAUUCGAACAUUAUUAUCUUGACGAGCAAAGAUCUGGCCGUUGUUUGACUCCAUUAAGUUUACUAUUUUACUCAUUCCUUAAACUCAAUCAUUGUGCUUGUGCUUCUUAUAUGAAGAGAAAAACAAAAUAAAACAGUCAGAAACAAUAUGCGUGUUGGGAAUACAUCAGUUUGGGAUGAAAUUAGUAGUCAAUAUUAUACAUGUUAUUCCUACUAAGAACUUGAUCAAGCAAGGCUCAACCAGGAAACAGAUAGUAUACAGGCAACAACCGCAUCACUUUCCAUUACUAUACAAAUCAAAUCAGCGGGACAUAAGAUGAAUACUCUACAAAGUGUUGGAUUCCACCAAGGCACACAAUUCACUUUUCAAUCUAUGCACGCACUACACAAGUUGGUCUUCAUUUCUGUUCAUGUGUAGCCUUAAAAAUCAAUGAAAAUAUUGCAGUAUCGAUCAACACCUCCGCAGUCCGGCUACUGAUUAAGCAACACCGAUUCGAAGGGACAGCAACACCGAUUAUAGGUAUCUCAGUUAAUUAAGCAACGCCAACCAUCCCAUGGCUUAUUCUGCACAUCAGUGAGACGCCAUCCAAUCAACAAACAUAACAGCUAGCUGCAAGGAUGCUCGUGUCGACGAGUUUGCACAAAGGAGACGAGUCAUAGCCUUCCUGCCAUAGCCCCGCAGUGAUAAGCGGCUCCAUGACGAUCUGCACAAAUAAUGAAGACCCAUAUGUCAAAACAUUGGAAUACAUUUUACCACCAUUCCUACUACACACAUAUGAGGACGUCGCUUUGGUGGCUGAUCUGGUUGGGUCUCUACCGUUGAAGGAGGUUCCGCCCGAGAAUUUGGCCUCAUUCUCUGUAGUGCCAGGAAAAGGCGAAGCUGCCUUGCAGUACGGUGUCGCUGCUGAUAAUCUAGCAAAUCCCUUUGCCGUGGUAGGAAUGAGCGAGGCUGUGCAAAAGUGUGUCGCGGCAGAGGACUCAGUGGUUUUCUCUGCCGAGGCAGGUCUUUCUGCUGUGUCAACGGCUGGCGAUGUUGCGCCUAAGAACUGCUCACCUAAUGUGUGCAAGUCCACUAGUAAAAAUAAAGUAAGCUCUUCUAGUGUUCUUCCCAAUUUAUCUCAAGGGCUCCACGGCAAGGUUGGCACAGGAGUUUUUCUUGGUGGCCGUUGUUCUAUGGAGGAUGUGGUAAAGUUCGGGGGCAUCUCCCCUCCAUCCAAAGAUUUACGUUCCAGUGAACGUAUUAGAGUGCAACAUAAUGCGGAUGAUUCUCAAAUGGCUCGGGCGCAGCAGUUGGCACAGGCCAAGAACGUUGCCCAUUUCUCAGGUUAUCCCUCUGGUUAUGCAUUGGAUCCAUGUGUGGUCCUUUCUCUAGCCUUCCAUGGACCGCCUGGACAUGGAUUCUGGGUGCAACCGUUUGGCGACGGUAGCACGGGAUUUUUACAGCCGGUGUUCUGAGCGGCGUCUCACAUAGAUAUGUUCUCCAGUAGUUUUCUGAGAAUUUUUAGGUGGCUUAUCCACGUGGAGACCUUGAGUGAUCCUUGAGUUGUAAUAAGGUUGUAAUAAUGCUACUCGUUUGAGACGUUCGCAAUAAAACGCCGCAUGCAUCAAUUGAUGCAGAGGCAGGGGAGUU